UAUUACAAAAAGACACAAAAUGACCAAAAAAUAAACAAAAAUACUAAAAAAGACACACAUUUAUUACAAAAAGACACAAAAUGACCAAAAAAUAAACAAAAUUACUAAAAAAGACACACAUUUAUUACAAAAAGACACAAAAUUACCCAAAAGAGAUGCUGUAUCUUAUUUAUAGAAUUAACUAACAAUAUAAUACUUUAUUUGUAUAAUAAUGUAUGUACAUUUGAUUAAUUUUCCCUCUGAAAUCAGUCUCAAAAAUCAUAUUAGUCAGACUCCAGAUGUUCUAAAUGUUGGGCUGAUUAUGGAAAAUCUGGAGGUAGAAUCUGCAGGUUUGACACGGUUCAGCUGAAAUAUAAAAUAUAAUAAAUAAUCUCUGCGUAGAUAAAGUUGUUGAGGACGGAGAGAGAUUCUGUCGGCUGUCGACACGAGUUAGUGAGUCAGUGGUUGAACCAUCGCUGUGAGCUGCAGAUUGAGUUUUUCCUCUUGUCUCCUUUCUGCCGGCUGGAUCAAGGCCUCCGACUCCUCGGACGCCCCCUUCAUCCUCCUCCUCUUCCUCCUCCUCCUCAUCGAUCGCUUCCUCCCGUCGUGUUCAGACCAGCGGAAGAAUCCGUCUGGGACACAUCAGCCCCUGACCCGGACCGGCCCGCCCCCCUCCACCACACACACAAGGAGGAGGACAGCUCCAUGGACCAAUCAUCAUGAGACUGGUCAGCACCUCCCUGUCCUCGCUCCUCCCCCUCCUGAAGUCUCCGCCCCUUUCUGCGCUCCACCGUCUGUCCUCCCUCUCGGCCAAUGGCGGCGCAGCGUCGUGCAGGCGCCUGAGCACGGACGGCCCCGCCCCCCAGCCUGUGAUUGGUCAGGACUCGGUGGAGCUGGCGGGCGUCUCGUUCCCCCGCGAUGACUUCACCAACGUCACGCCGAAGAUCUUAGCCAAGGUCGGCCGCAACCUCCACAACCAACGCCACCAUCCCCUGUGGCUGAUCAAGGAGCGCAUCAAAGCUCACUUCUACAGUGCUUAUAUCGGUCGCUGGGGCAACCCGCUCUUCUCCGUACACGACAACCUGAGCCCCGUGGUCACCGUGGAGCAAAACUUUGACAGCUUGCUGAUCCCGCCCGGCCACGCCAGCAGGAAACCAGGAGACAACUACUACCUGAACAGGAGGACGAUGCUGCGCGGCCACACCUCCGCCCACCAGAGGGAGCUGGUGAGCUCGGGGCUGGACGCCUUCCUGCUGGCCGGAGACGUUUACCGGCGGGACGAGAUCGACGCCAGCCACUACCCCGUCUUCCACCAGAUGGAGGGAGUCCGCAUCUUCUCCAACCACGAGCUGUUCUCUCAGGUGCAGGACGGCGAGGAGCUCUCUCUGUUUGAGGUCGGAGGUCGCAGGACUCCUCAGAAGCAGGAGGCGCACUCUCUGGAGGCCGUCAAGCUGCUGGAGUUCAACCUGAAGAACACGCUGACUCGACUCGUCUCGCACCUGUUUGGACCAGAUGUGGAGGUCCGGUGGGUCGACUGUUACUUCCCCUUCACUCAUCCCUCCUUUGAGCUGGAGGUGCGUUUCCAGGGCGACUGGAUGGAGGUGCUGGGCUGUGGAGUGAUGGAGCAGGAGCUGCUGAACUCAGCGGGGGCAGGGAACAAGGCGGGCUGGGCCUUCGGUCUGGGCCUGGAGAGACUGGCCAUGGUCCUGUACGGCAUCCCAGACAUCCGUCUGUUCUGGAGUCAAGACGAACGAUUCCUCAAACAGUUCAGAGUGGACGACGUCCAGCAGCCCGUCUGCUUCCAGCCGCUCAGUAAAUACCCUCCGCUCCACAACGACAUCUCCUUCUGGCUGCCGGAGAGUCGAGAGAGCGAGGACGGGCGAGAGAGCUUCACGGAGAACGACUUCUACGAGCUGGUUCGCUCCAUCGGAGGAGACCUGGUGGAGAAAGUGUCUCUGGUGGACCGUUUCACACACCCAAAGUAGGAAAACACACACACACACACACACUUUUGUUUGUUUAUUUUUGGGGUUUUUUGCACAGUUGAUUCAACCUGUUGUUUCUGUCAUGAGUUCUUUUAUACACAAUGCAAAUAAUAAGCUUAAAAGCAACUUUUUAUCCGGAAACGUCAUUUUUUCGGAGGUUUUCACACUGCCACAGUAACCUUUCAUCUGCGUUAGUUUCCCUUUGGAUCCUUGUUUCUCCAUACAGCCGAUACUACACUAUAAUAUACUAUAAUCAUGGUUAAUUUCAUCAUUUUGUUCAUUUGAAAAAGACACAAAAGUAUAAAAGACACAAAAUUAAAAAA